AUGACGCGAUUAGUUCUAAUUUUCGCGUUCCUCGUGGUCACUGUAACUUCAGAAGAAUGUGUCGACGAUAUGAUUUCUUGUAUGUCAAGCAGCGGCUUGUGUACGGAUAUGUAUUUUCAAAGUCGUUGUCCCUAUACCUGUGGUCUGUGCCAUCCAGACCCAACUCAAUGCUACGAUUACAACAAAGACUGUGAUAAAUUCACGUCGGAGUGUGGUACGGUAUCAGAUUACACCAAGUCGUGUCCCCAAACGUGUGGAACAUGCGGUUCGACGACUCAGCCAAGUUGUGUCGAUCACUCAGUAAAUUGUCCGAACUACAGUAAUCAAUGUAUCUCAGAUUAUCUAAAAGAAUUAUGUCCACUAAGCUGUAACACUUGUAAUACUACCACAACUACAGUAACCCGAGGAGUCAGAACUACAGUAAUCCCAAUCAAGACUACAGUAUCCACAAGUACAGUGCAGACUACAAAGACUACAACUACAGUAUCCCCGCAGACUACAAAGACUACAAAAAUUAUUCCGACUACACCUAAGGCUCCGUGUAAGGAUGCAUCACCAAAUUGUGGAGCAUGGGCGAAAAAUGGAUUCUGUACAAAUACAUUCUAUCCACCGGAGAAGAGAAAAGAAUAUUGUGCAAAGACUUGCAAAUUCUGCUGA